GUAGGCGCUUCCCGCUCCUGGCGGAAGUACCUGUACGGUUGUUACCUGAGGGAAAGUGGAGAGUAAAUUUUUGCCGUUCUUCCGGUGAGCGGAACUCUGGUCAUCCCUUCUUUUCUCCACAGACCAGAGGACUUUAUUCCCCUAAGGAAGACUGCAGCCAUGGAGAAUGGACAGGAAAUGCCAGAACAACCGGUCAAAAAAGCCAAAAUGCAGGAUGCCGGAGAGGAACCUGUAAGGCAAGUGAGUAACCGUGAAAGCAGCGCGCAGAAAGGUGAACUGCCUUCAAACCACUCUGUUUCCAAUGAAACAGUCCUUCCCUGUGCUGACUACAUAUCUCGCACACCUGGUGACUACACCAGCCAGCUGUAUUCCUCAAAGCCAUACGCACACAUCCUUUCUGUACCUGUAGCUGAAUCAAUGUCCACUUACAGUGGACAGAAUCCAUACCAGACAUUGCAGCCAUCUCAGCCCUACACUGCAUAUCCUCAAGUAUCUCAAACCUAUGGGCUCCCCCCCUUUGGUGCUUUGUGGCCAGGUAUCAAGUCUGAAAGUGGUUUAGUCCAGACAUCAAAUUCUACUACGGUCUUGACCUGUUCUUCAGGAGUCACCAGUAGCCAGUCCAGCCCUGUACUAUAUUCCUAUCCUGCCCAAGCUACCGCUACAAAUGCUAAUGUAAUUUCCACCACAUCUCCCGUGCCAAAUAUUACAGUUCCAACAGUUGCCAGCAUCUCAAACCAGGAAUAUCCCACAUAUACAAUCCUUGGUCAGAAUCAGUAUCAACAAUGUUAUCCAAAUCAGAACUUCACAUCAGCAACAUCUGCCGGCAGUGCAGAGAACAACAUAGUGACGCCAGACUUUCAGGAGAAUAAUACAGACUCAACAUCCCCAUCACAGACCACUCCGAGACAAGUUUCUGGUGAUACCACUGCAGGCCAGGUGAUGAUGAGAGCAAUGAGCAGUAAAGAGUCAGAAGACCAGAGUAAGAAGAAUGUAACUGUAAAGAAUAGAGGCAAGGGUAAGAAAACCGAUGCCUCAUCACCGCAACACAGUGACCUUGAGCGUGUGUUUUUGUGGGACUUGGAUGAGACCAUUAUCAUCUUUCACUCUCUGCUCACCGGUUCAUAUGCACAAAAGUAUGGAAAGGACCCCACAUUGGUGGUGGGCUCAGGUUUAGCCAUGGAAGAAAUGAUCUUUGAAGUGGCAGACUCGCAUUUAUUUUUUAAUGAUUUGGAGGAGUGUGACCAGGUUCAUGUGGAAGAUGUGGCAUCUGAUGACAAUGGUCAAGAUUUAAGUAACUACAGCUUUACCACUGAUGGAUUUAAUGGUUCUGCAGUAAACAGGAAUUAUCCCUCCAGCACUGGGGUACAAGGUGGGAUGGACUGGAUGAGAAAGCUAGCAUUUCGAUAUCGGAAGGUCACUGAGGUGUAUGAGAAAUACAAGAGCAAUGUCAGUGCACUACUCAGCCCACAGCGGCGUGAUUCUCUCCAGAGGCUGAGAGCUGACAUAGAAACUUUAACAGAUGGCUGGUUAGGAACGGCAUUAAAAUGUUUACUGCUUAUCAAGUCAAGAAAGAAUUGUGUUAACGUGCUAAUAACGACUACACAACUAGUACCGGCCCUUGCGAAAGUCCUACUUUAUGGAUUGGGGGAAAUUUUUCCAAUUGAAAACAUUUACAGCGCUACAAAAAUAGGGAAGGAGAGCUGCUUUGAAAGGAUAGUGACAAGGUUUGGGAAGAAGGUUACCUAUGUGGUUAUUGGAGACGGUCGGGAUGAAGAAAUGGCUGCCAAACAGCAUAACAUGCCUUUCUGGAGGAUCACAAACCACCAUGACCUCAUCUCCCUACAUCAAGCCCUGGAGCUGGACUUUUUGUGAGGUACCAGGGAAGCACUGACUCUUGUACAAGCCACCAGGUCCGCUGGAAUGAGACAAGCAGAACUACACUUUUUUAACCUACGAAAUAUCUGUUUGAUCUGAUCUGUCGACCUCUGGGAAGAGGAAGAAGCCCUUACGUUGUGGCCUCCAUGGAUGAGAAACCAAUUGCAAGUUUCUGUCAUUCAGUAUUGCAGAAUGUCCAACUGUCUGUCACCUACCUCUUCAGUUAAUUGCCAGACCAUUUCUUCAGUUUCUUGCUAGUUAUUUAACAUGCCACCUACCUCUUUAAGCUUAUGUUGUGUGUUACCACCAAAGUAAGGGCAUCA